UUCAAUUGUGAUUUUAUUUAUUUUUCUGAGUUACCUCUAUAUAUUAUUUAGGUACAAUACGUUAAGAAUAAAAAUAACUAUCUGUGAUACGUGUACAAUUCAAAUAAAAUCUCCUAUUGAGCAACAAUGGUACGAAGAAAAUCAAAUGCGAGAUCAAUCAGUGGUUCACAGAAUCGUGAGAAAUCUCGAACAGAAGUUUUGGUACCCAGAAGACGAAACAAAUCACAUGUUUUUCGAGAAAUACGGCAUUUGAGAAAAUCUAUAAAAUUACUUAUACCAAGAAGUACUUUCGCUCGUUUAGUAAAAUUUAUUAUUUUUGACUUAUUCCCUACCUUGGGUGUUAAUAGAAUACAACUAAGUGCUUUAGAAGCAUUACAAGAGGCAACUGAAGCAUAUAUGGUACAAUUUUUUGAAGAUUGCAUAUUAUUAGCACAACAUUCAAAACGCAUAACUAUUAAAGUUCAAGAUAUGUUCCUGAUGCGACGACUUAGAGGAAGAGGCGACAUUGUGAAUAGAUAAAAUAAGCUACUGUUCAGGUUCUGAAUUUAUAUAAAAAAAUUAAUAUAUUUUAUAGUACUUGACUUGAAAAUAUCAUGUUCUCUCAGUUUGAUACUAGUGACAUGACAUAUUUGGUGGUAUGUUUGUUAAUCUAUGUUUAUGCUGGUUAAUAGAAAUAAUCAAAAUGACAUGAUUCACAAUCAGAUUUAGGUAAAAUUUGUUUCAAUAUUGCUUGUGAAUGAAUCAUGUUAUUUCAUAUAUUUUGUAAUUAACUAGAAUUAUUAAAUAAUUCAAAAUUGAAAUUUGUAUUAACUUUUGUAUAAAGAAUUGUCUGUGGUAUAGGAGUGAUGUUUUGUAAUAAAAUUAUGUAGUUUACGAUACAUGCAACAUGGAAUAGAGCACUUACAUUAAAUAUAUGCCAAAUCCAUUAGUAAUUUUAGCUUACUUGCCUCAUCGUUUACAAAUGAUGUAUUGUGCCUUCUAUGCAUCUUGAAGUAUGUACAAAGAAAACAGUUAUUAUUUUUAUAGGAAAAUAAAAACAUUGUGAUUGGAUAUGGAUUUAAGUAUUUAUAUAAAAGUGCUUUCGUCGAUACUCCAUAGUAUAACAAGGAAUAAAUGUCUGUAGAACAUUAACUGGGCCUUGUAAUAGUGACAAAUCAUAGAUUAGGUAAUGUUUUGCUAAAUAAAAUUUAUUUCGUGGGAAACAUUCAAACUUCUGAUAAAAUUCUUAGACUUUACUUUACGAAACUUUGGUAAAAUAUACAUUUCUCGAUUCUUCGGCAGGAUCUUAGAAUAGUACAGUAUCGAAGCUUCGUAAGGUUCGCUUUGCGCAAAGUUUGUUCGAGUUUGCUAUGCACGUAAGGCCGAUGAACGUCGGUUAAACAGCGAUAAAAAGGCUUGUUAAACGAUAAAAUAAUGUUACCGAUCGUUACAUUUCAGAAUUUCUGUUAUCUCUGUAUGUUAGCUGCCUUUACUCACGACGUACAUCGCAAGUGGAAUAUUACAUUUCGACGUCCUAUAAAAGAACAACUGUACUCGAGUUCAUAAGUUCUGAGUUCCCUUUUUAUACGUUCCCUCGUGGUAAAUAAUCUCAUAGAAUUUUUACUUGAAUUAAUUUCGCAGGCGUGGCAUCCGCUAAUCAGAACUUAUGAAUUCGAGUAUACAAAAAAUAGUAUUACAAAUAACAAUGCUACCUAUCUACGCGUUUACAUGUCUAUAAUACAAUUUGAUAAAGAAAUAUAUAUAUAUAAAAGCCACCUGAAAAACCAGGUUACUCUUUCAUGUCUGUCUACGUCGGACAAGAAUCUCUGAACUUCUAAGAAGACACUUUGUAAGGCCACGUCCAGACAGCUGUUCGCGAGCAGCUAGUAAGUAGUUCUUCUCAGUCUGGACGAGGCCGAAUAGGCACAACAUCAGUUACACUUUCAUGCUGCCUGUCAUUGUACAGAAAGAAAACAAUCAUUCAUAACCCUACCAUGGCGUGCAGUCCUUUAGACAAACGUCGUAUAUACUCGCGCGUGUAAUUCUAACACGAUUUUCAAAUAUUUUGAAUACAUAUGUACAUACUUAUGUAUAUAUAUAUAUACUUAGACUGCAUUGUAAUACAAAAUGAAAAGGAAAGAAAUGUAAUUGUUCGCGUAUGGAGAAUUAGGAAUACUGUCUGUACAUCUCGGGA